AUGGCUAGUGAGACGCGGGAGUACUCCAGUCAGGAGACUACCCACAGUACUGAUGAACUCUCCGCUCAAGAGACAGCGCACGAUGCCACCCGGGAUCCAAUGAUGAAUGAAGACGACCCCCUCCUAGAGCUACUGAAUUACUCGCAGGACACUAGCAGCCAACCACAGGAGCAAGAGGCCGUCCCUGACCGACCACGCCCGAUGCCUACCACAAGAACACCCAAGAUCAAGUGGCCCAAGGCAUCUGAGAAGGCACCAUGGAAACAGUUUGACGAGGACAUAGAAAUCAUCCUCGAAUCAUCCAUGCAAGUUCCAGUACACCGGAAGUUACACACCCUUUCCACCCUUGUAUACUCUGUUGCAAAAGAGAGGUUUGGGAUUGAAGAAACAAAGAAACGCAAGGAGGCUCCAAAGCCGAACCGGAGGCAACACCGCAUAGAGAACCUGAGGAAAGAAAUCAGACAGCUGAAGAAGCAGUACCGAGACAGCUCACAAGUGCAGCGCCUUGGCCUGUCCCAACUACGUGAUACACUGCGCACAAAGUUGAAGUCUCUGCGGCGAGCUGAGAACAAGAGGAGAAAAGCGAGGGAGCGAACAAGAAAGAGAGCUGCGUUCACAGCCAACCCAUACAAAUUUGCAAAGACUCUGCUUGACAAAGAGCGUUCAGGAACAUUAGAGACCCCACUUGAAGAGGUUGAGAAGUACCUGCAUGAUACGCAUUCAGAUGUCAACAGAGAAGACGUCCUAGGGGACUGUGACCGGAUAGAUCCUGCCUUACCUCCAGAGACGCCACUGGUAACCACUGAACCCACUUUGGGAGAGGUGAAGGACGUCGUCAAGAAGGCUCGAUGGGGCUCUACUCCUGGUCCUAACGCCAUCCCGUACAAAGUGUACAAGAUGUGCCCACUCCUACUGAAGAGGCUAUGGAGACUCCUCAAGGUGGUUUGGAGGAAAGGGGAAGUACCAGAAGCCUGGAAGGAAGCAGAGGGAAUAUUCACGCCCAAGGAAAGGAACUCCAAGACAGUCAAUCAGUUCCGGACCAUCUCGCUACUAAAUGUCGAGGGGAAGAUAUUCUUCGCUAUCCUGGCCAGAAGACUUACCUCUUUCCUGACGACCAACGCGUACAUCGACACUUCAGUCCAGAAGGGUGGAGUACCUGGUUUCUCCGGUUGUGUAGAGCACACCAGCGCUAUCACCCAACUAAUUCAAGAGGCGAAGACGGGGAAGAAAGACUUGACAGUAGUUUGGCUCGAUCUUGCCAACGCAUACGGAUCUAUUCCCCAUCAGCUGAUCUACACAGCCCUCCAGCACUACCAUGUCGACAACCAUGUCCAGAAAAUCAUCACCAGCUACCUUGACGGCAUCAAGCUUCGGUUUUCUGUUGGUGACCAGCUGACGAAGUAG